GAAGAAGGAGGGCGAGAAGCGGGAGACGGGUAUCAAGAAUACGCUCAAGAGCAACUUCCGCUCACUCCAGGUCAGCCGCAUCCCCAGCACAGGGGAGCUGGUGCCCCCGAGCACCAUGGCCAUGACUGUGGUCACCAAGGAGAAAAACAAGAAAGUGAUGUUCCUGAGCAAGAAACCAAAAGAGAAGGACCUGGAGCCCAAAAGCCAAGUCAUCGAAGGGAUCACCCGCCUCAUCUGCACAGCCAAGCACCAGAACACCAUGUUGCGAGUCUCCAUAGAUGGGGUGGAGUGGAAUGAUGUGAAGUUUUUCCAGCUGGCAGCGCAGUGGCCAACACAUGUCAAGUACCUCCCUGUGGGCAUCUUUGGCUACUCAAAGAGCGUGUGAGCUGUGGGGGCAGCCCUGGGAUGGAGCUGUGGAGGGUCGCGGGAGGAGACGGGAGAGACAGGCGUGCUCUUGUCCCCUCUCGUCUGUGGCCCAGCCCCUGCCUGCGCUGCAGAAGGAGAUAACACACCCGCACCACUCUCUGUGGGCCAAGACCCGUGAAGGUGAGGCCAGUGAGAC